GAAAAAAUUCUCUCACAUUAAUAUAAAUAUACUAUUUUCUCUCAAUCUAAUACUCAAAACAAUAUCUCCUAAAUCCUGUGUCGUUCUUGAACUAUGCUGUCUACUAUGGGACGGAGGGAUUACUUGUAAACAAAUGCCGAAAAUCGACUAGAUUCGCUCAAUCGCUUUCGGCCACCGACGCAUCUGCGCUCCAUUUUUGCCCAUCUCAGAUCUGCUCUCCUAGGCAGGUUUUAUUCCACUGGAAGUUCUCAGCCGAGAAAUUAUGCCCAAUUCCGUAGCAGAGCCGCACCACCAAAACGGCGUCGCAGAUCCAAAAUCGAGCAACGGCAAUGCCAGCGGCAAGCCAUUCAAGAUCUUCAUCGGCUACGAUCCGCGCGAGGAUCUCGCCUACGAAGUCUGCCGCUACUCUCUAUUGAAAAGAUCUUCGAUCCCGCUCGAAAUCCACCCGAUCAAGCAGUCCGAAUUGCGCGAAAGGGGGGUUUAUUGGCGUGAAAGGGGGAAAUUAGAGAGCACGGAGUUCUCAUUCUCCCGUUUCCUCACUCCAUUCCUCGCCAAUUUCGAUGGCUGGGCGGUUUUCGUGGAUUGCGAUUUCCUAUACCUAGCCGAUAUCAGCGAAUUGUUCCGAUUGAUCGAUGAGAAAUACGCGAUAAUGUGCGUUCAGCACGAUUACGCCCCUAAAGAGACCACGAAGAUGGAUGGGGCCGUGCAGACUGUUUAUCCGAGGAAGAACUGGUCUUCGAUGGUGGUCUACAACUGCGGCCACCCGAAGAAUCGCGUGCUAACGCCCGAGGUUGUGAACAAGGAGACGGGAGCGUACCUGCAUAGGUUCCAAUGGCUUGAAGAUGGUGAGAUUGGUGAGGUUCCUUUUGUGUGGAACUUCCUUGUGGGGCACAAUAGGGCUGUGGAGGGUGAUCCGAGCACCUAUCCGAAGGCAAUACAUUACACGCUUGGGGGGCCGUGGUUUGAGCAGUGGAAGGAUUGUGAGUUUGGUGAGCUCUGGUUGAAGGAGUUGGAGGAGAUGAGGAAGGAUGAGGAGGUGGAGAAGGAGAAGGAUUAGGUGUAGGUCUUUCGACAAUGUAGCUUCGUGGAGGAGGGGGAUUCGGAUCGUUGGCAUUCGAUUUGGGAGGAUUGGAGUUAUGUGUUUCUUGGUUUAUACAUGUGAUUGUAGGUGUAGAGAAUUGAAUGUUGUUUGGUUGUGCGAGGAUUGUAUUUUUUUUUUAUGGUUAUUGUUUUGUUUAAUUAAUUUAAAUGUUUUUAAAUAUGUCAAUGUAAAAUAAUUAAAAAAUAUCACGAUUAAUUAAAAACGGUAAAUCCUA